UCGGCGCUAGUUGUGUCAAAUUUUUCGUGUCGUUUCAUUAGCUCUGUUUUAAAUUGUUCGUUUUUAAUAUUUUUUAUUGUUAAUUAAUGUUAACUAAAGUGGCAAGCAAGGAGAUAUGUAUUGGCCGAUUCGCGAAUCAAAGAAUAAACACUUCGAACCGGACCGACCAAAUGUAAUUGUGCCUAACCUCAAAUUUUCUGUUUGUUUACAAGCAUGAACUUUGCGGAAAGGAGAGCAAAGCGCUGCGAAAAAGACCUUUUACCGAAUAAAAGGAGCAAACAAUCGGAGGUAAAAAUUAUCAAACAUUUUGAACCGAACACUCAAUUUUCAAACCCGAGCUCCUCUGACAAGGAGCUCCCCUAUUUCGAUAUUAGUACAGAUGAUGAGGAUGUCCAGUGUAUACCACAGUUCAGGUACAAAGAAAGGAGACCAAAAAACUCACUGACAAAUAUCCGGUGUAAACCUUCCAAUGAACAAAGUGGGAAAAGCCCCAAAGAAACAACGCUUGGGGCAACAAAAUGCGACAAUUUCAAGCCAAACGAUUGUAAAAGAAUCAGGCAGGUAACUAUCAGUUGCAAAUACAAAAUGAAGAACGUAAUUAAAGAAACAAAGUCAACUCAAACCUCAACUUCGACUCUUAAAGUACAAAAAACGCAAUCUGCCAUUGCACACGAUUCCUACUUGGAAGAUCUAAAACGCGAAAUUAUUUGCAAUGAAAAUUAUAUGAGGAAAACCGUCAGUGAUCUAAAGAACGAAAUUUGGUUAUUCCAAAGUACGCGAAAUUUUGAACAGUGUGUGCAAAGGGAACCAAGUGGUGGGUAUGAUGAUUACCAUUCCGAAUACGAAUCGAAGACGGUGCAGUUGGAUGGAACCGAAAGGGAAGUGACCGAUGUCAACGGAUCAGCUUUAGUACUCCGAGACGCCCCUAACAGUCCUAAGAUCAAAAGCCAUUCCGAGGUAUCGCCUGAUGAUGGACGAGAAAUAAAGUCCGAAAUCGAUAGCGACUAA